GACUGUUCUUCUUGCUGUACCGCAGAGCUCCGGAGGUCCUGUUCACUACUUUUUUCAACCGCUAUGAGGAGAGUCAUUGACCGCCGCGCGGAUAUUUAAUCGGACUCUUUGGACCGGUAUAAGUGGGCCGACCCCUCGCCCUCUCUCUCCCCCAGCUCUGAGCUCUUUUCCCCGGCUUGUCCUGCCUGUGAUGCCCGCGGGGAUGUUUAGUAUCGACAGUAUUCUGGCGGGGAGACCCAGCUGUAAGGACCCCGCACUGCUCCACCGCAGCGCACCGCUGGUCUUCUCCAACCUGACGGACUCGCUGUACUCCGCAGCCGACUAUAACGGACUCUACUCGCCUACCGGAGCCGCAGCCCCGAGCCUGCAGCCGGUCAGCGGGGCCCGGCUCGGUUACAACGGCUACUGCUACGGGCAGCUACACGUACAGGGACCGAGUGGCCCAGCGUGCUGUAGCGCCAUGCCCACCCAGUGCCCGUGCAUUCCCACAGGCUACGACAGCAGCGGAUCGGUGCUGAUGUCUCCAGUGCCCCAUCAGAUGGUGUCCUACCUGAACAUGGGCUCGCUCUCGCGCACGGACCUCCACCUGCUCAGCCAGCUGCAGUGCAGGCGCAAGCGGCGCCACCGCACCAUCUUCACGGACGAACAGCUGGACGCCCUGGAGCGGCUCUUUCAGGAGACCAAAUACCCGGAUGUAGGGGCACGAGAGCAGCUAGCACGGAAGGUGCACCUGCGCGAGGAGAAGGUCGAGGUUUGGUUCAAAAACAGACGAGCGAAAUGGAGAAGGCAGAAAAGAUCGUCGUCUGAGGAAUCAGAAAACCCCCAGAAAUGGAACAAACCCACCAAAACAGCCACAGAGAAACCCGAGGAGAACAAAAGCGACGCGGACUCGGACAGCUGAUAAACCCGGCUCUUUUAUUUCUCUUGCACAGACAGCAGUCCGGACUUGUACAUGCUGUAAAUGUAAAUGUGAACUGAAGUCGAGCUCGUGUUUUGUCAAGCUGUUGCACAGAUGUAUAGGAAAUCUUUGUUUCUUUUAUCCUUGAUAUUGUUAUUUAUAUUAAUUUAAAUUUUACACAGAAAAAAGAAACUCAACAACAUACUUUGGUCUCGUCAUAUGAAUAUUAAAUAUUAUAUCGCGUCAAAGUUAUUAUUAUUUUUUUUUGGGGGGGGGGGAUAAAAUACGAAAUCUGUUAAAAAGAUGUCUUUGGUAAAAUCUAUGUGUGUGUGUUUGUAAAGUGGUGAGUUCGGAUAAAAAAAUAGAUUUUUAAAAAACGGUCCAACAAAUCAAAUCAAUUUAAAAUCGGAUGUAUUUUUUUAUUCAGACGGAGACUACUUCUAGGGUUUUCAAUUAAUAGGAAAACGCGUAUAUAUUAAGCGAUAUUUUAAAGCUUUCUUGAUUUUCUCAACUCAACCCACAGAAGCAAUCAGGGUCAGGUGUAAAGUCAUCUUAAUGCAGCUGUUAAAUAAUUUUUAUUCUAAAUUUAAUUGAACUGUAAUUGCAAUCACUAAAUUGGAAGAACACGCCCUUAUAAGAAAAAAAAUAUAGCAGGACGCUUAAUUAACAUAAAUAUUUCAAAUUUCCCGUGAUGUGGUCUUGGUGAACAAAGUUAGGUCCAACAUUAGGUCAGUGUACAUCGAUCUCAAGUACAUACGUUUUAAAAUUCCCGAUUUCAGUCUUCUUUCCGAUUUCUUAAUUAUUAAACCAAUUGGCUGGACUUUUUUAAAUAAGAUGUAGGCUUAUUUAUGCUUAAAUACAACGAAACAAAACACGCUAAACGAACAAAAUGUUUGUUUUGAGAAAGUGCGCAUUCGCUGCGUCUCUUUAAACGCUUUAAACGCCUUUUAUUGGGGAUGAAUGUGAAAUAGCGCUGGACCAUUGAUAUGCAUAAACUCAGGCUAAAUCUCAAGUCAAUCUUCUUCAUAUGUAGUGCACUAGAAAGGUUAUAGAACUAGGAUUUUUGCAUCUAAAUUGAGUUUGCAUUCAGCUAUUUGAUUGUGCUGGACGAAAAAAGCCAGGAUGUCAGAACUGGAAGUUCAUUACAAAUAUUAAUAAACGAUAAAACGCGUUUUUUUGUGUGUAGAAAGAUUGCUCAUUGAAACGUUAAUGGGUUGUUUACAAAAAACAACGUUAAAAAAAUCUACCUCUUUCUUUUAAGAGUUUUUAGAGUGUAGUGCACUAUAUAGGGAAAAUGAUGCAUUUGAGACACGUUCCUAAUAAACUGGUGGGUUUUUAAAAAUCACUGCAUAUUAGUCUUUACCAAAACAGCUGAUGGUUCCUCCCCUCUCUGUGUAAUCAUUUCGGAGAGGGAUGCUAAAGAGACCUACGGUGUAAAAUGGACUUCUGUUGUAGUAAAACAUGAUAAAAAGUACUUACCUUUGAUGAAUAGCACACCUCCGCUCUCCUACAGCGUUCGAGAUCCAGACAUUUUAACAGUUUGUCCAAACACCCUUCAGACUGGGUGACACGGGGCAUAAUUUACCCUGAUAAAUCACUUUUUACACAGGUAUCCAGCUCAAAGUAGCUCCACACCUCCUUGCUAGAAUCCGGAGAGCCCUGACAUUUAAAACCAGGUAUUAAUAACUGGAGAAGCUUAUUAAAAAACACUUUUUACAUCUCCUAACCCUAGCUUCCGCUCUGAGCGCCGCCAUCACUGUACUGAUGAGUACAUGAGUCUAUGUAUAUAUAUAUAUAUAUGUCUAUAACAUUAUCAGUACAAAUAUGGCGGUGCUUAGAGCUGAAACUAGCAUUAUGGGAUGUAAACAGUGUUUUUUAAUAAGCUUCUUGUGCUCUUUUUAAGUUAUCAAUGCCUCGUUUUAAAUGUCAGGGCUCUCCGGAUUCUAGCAAGGAGGUGUGGAGCUUCUUUGAGCUGGAUAACGGUUUAAAAAGUGAUUUAUCAGGGUAAAUUAUGCCCCGUAUCACCCAGUCUGAAGGGAGUUUGGACAAACUGUUAAAAUUUCUGGAUCUCUGAACGCUGUGGGAGAACGAAGGUGUGCUAUUCAUCAAAGGUAAGUACUUUUUAUCAUGUUUUACUACAACAAAAGUACAUUUUACACAGUUCUCCUUUAAGUUAAAAGAAAGAAAAUACCUUAAAUUGAUUGCAUAUUUAGAUCAACAAUGGUUGUAGGGUAGAUAAUUGGGCUAUAAAUUUAAGUAUAUUGCAUAAAUGAUUAGUCUAUAAUAAAGUCUCUGGGUAUGAACUCUUCUCCUUACAGACUGAGACCUGAUUGAGUCUUAGUGUACUGCAAAAUAAAAAAAAAUUAAAUAAAUAAAAAACAAAUUAAAAAAAUAAAUAAAAAUGUAAAAAAAAAAUAAAAAUAAAAAUAAAAAAAUCUGGUUAUGAUGCCCAACAGCAUCUCAACAUACAUUUAAAACCCUUGAGUCUCCUCUGAAUAUCCACUACCCCACAGCACUGUCCCUCCAGAUGUAUUUUUUUUUUAAGUUGGAUUAGACGGUCCUUCUAAAGCACUGUGCAGAAUAUUAUUUGUAUUUUAAUAUGGCAAUAUCUCAACAUCAUCAACAUCAUAACUGUGGCUGUGAUGUUCAUGAACAUUGGUGAGUGUGUAUGUGGAUGUGUGUGUGAGUGUGUGUAUGGAAAAUGAUGAAAAUGAUAAUUAAUAAAUGUUGUUCAGUUACACAAAAAAAUUGCAACGUGUUUAUGAGGAAAAAAUAUUAUAAUAAUUAAUACAUGCACCACACUGUCAUAAUUAACCAAUUCCUCUUUAUAAAAUAUAGACUUUUCACCUUUUAAUAGUUUUAAUCUGUGUAUUAUGCUAUAUAUGAAUUAAAAUAAUUAAAUAAUCAGCACUGACAGUGUUACACUAGUAGCAAAGGGUUAUAUAAUAAUAUAUUAUAUACUACAGCGUUCGAGAUCCAGAAAUUCACUAAUUCACUAAAUUCACUCCAGACAAUCACUAUUAUGAUAAUUUAUUAACAUUUAAUAAACAGUUUUAUUCCAACGUAAUGUCACGUUUGGGAAAAUCCAGGCAUAAUUAAGCUACAGCAGAAAAAAUAUAUAUAUUUUUGGCACCUAAAUUGAGAUGCAUUCAGCUAUUUGAUUGUGCUGGAAGCAAAAAAGCCAGGAUGUCAGAACUGGAAGUUCAUUACAAAUAUUUAUAAAUGAUAAAACACGUUCUUUUUGUGUGUAGAAAGAUUGCUCAUUGAAACGUUAAUGGGUUGUUUACCUCUUUCUUUUAAGAGUUUUUAGAGUGUAGUGCACUAUAUAGGGAAAAUGAUGCAUUUGAGACACGUUCCUAAUAAACUGGUGGGUUUUAAAAAUCACUGCAUAUUAGUCUUUAAGCAAACAGCUGAUGAUUCCUCCCCUCUCUGUGUAAUCAUUUCGGAGAGGGAUGCUAAAGGAGACCUACGGUGUAAAAUGGACUUUUGUUGUAGUAAAACAUGAUAAAAAGUACUUAUCUUUGAUGAAUAGCACACCUCCGUUCUCCUACAGCGU